GUUUCCCCUAUUUACACAGCAGUAACAGUCUUCAGGCUGUACUAACUCAAAUCUUUUUGGACAGCUCAGACCAUUUGGACUUAAACAGGACAUGGAUACUCAUGUAAAACGAGGAGAAGUUUAUUUACAACACCAAAAAUAUUCUGAGAAGUGGAAGCAAUAUUGGCUAAACCUUUACCCAAACAGCUGGAAUGGUGUGGCUCGACUGGAGCUAACAGAAACAGGUCCAGAACGAUCUCCAGUUAUUGUCCGGAAGCAGCCAGACCGCAAGAUUAUAAAGUUAGCUGAAUGUAUCAGCGUUGUUCGACUCCCCCCACAUGCGGAGGCCCUGCCUGGAGACAACAUGGCAGCCUUUUGUGUAGAUACAGUUGAAAAGAAGCUGGUAUUUGCUGUAGACAAAGAGGGAUGUGGAGAGUGGGUGGAGAAGAUCUGUGAAAUUGCCUUUCAGAAGAGCAGUAAUAAUGUGCCACAGCUAGUGCUACAGAUGGAAGACAAUCAAAUCUAUGUUUCCAGAGAAGAAGUGUUUGAGUUUCCAGUAACUGUACAACAGUCCAAGGCGUCAGUGCGCUGCAACCUGCAGGGAGCAUAUUGGUUGCAGGUUGGUGAAGACAUGCUCAUGCUCAAGGACACUGACAGCAAACAGAGCGUUGUGGAAUGGCCCUACAAACUAUUGCGCCGCUAUGGAAGAGACAAGAUAAUGUUCUCGAUUGAGGCAGGCAGACGUUGUGAUUCUGGUCCUGGCACCUUUAUAUUUGAGACCAAGCAAAGUGAUGAGAUUCUCCGUCUCAUGGACCUGGCCAUCCAGCAGCAGAAGAACCUGGCUGUCACUGGAGGUAGCUCUGCUGUUGUCUCCCCUUGCUCUUCAUUGUCUAAACGACCAUGCAGUGGCAGCUUGCUGGACAAUCACAUCAACACCAGCUUUAGUUCUGUAUGUCCAGUAGGCUCAGCUGAAUCAGAAUGUAUCAAACUUGUUACUGGUUCUUCCCAAACAACACAGAGGCAUCCUGGUGAAUCCAUUUCCUUGCAUGAAACUGUGUAUUCAGAUCCUAUUGAUGUUGUUGGGUUAGACGAGUGUACGCACACACAACCAGUCGGAUCGCAAAUGACUGUGAAAAACAGUAGUUCUGGUCAUUGCUAUAAUGAGGACUUAGAACCAGUGUAUAUGGAUCCUACUGAUGUUAUACAGCCUACAUUUAAUCCCCCAAAAUAUUCCUCUGCUAAUCUUGCUAAAUCAACAGAAAUGCUUCAUUAUGAUAGUCAGCCAGAACCAGUGUAUUCUGAGAUACCUCAUUUCAAACCAUACCCAGCACAGAAACAGGGAAGCAUUGUUCAGAAUGAGGAAGAACCUAUCUACAGUUUACCCAUGGUCCAGGCACUUAACAAAACACAGGAUGACAUUCACACCAGUGCUACAAAGGACAGUAAACAGAACACACAAAGCAGCAUGACAGAGGAAGUCAUCUACAGUCAAGUCAACAAACCAAAGAAAUCCACAAAGCCUCAAGACAAGCACACCAUAUACAAAGCACAAGAGAUUAUGUCUGAAGACCUUGGACUGAUUUAAAGGAGCAAUGGCAUGUCUACUGAGUUUAAAAGCCAUUCGUAAAGGUCAUAUUAUAAUCAUAGAAGCAAAAAAUGUUUCUACUUGGAAUAUUUUAUCAUAGUGAAUCCUCUAUUGUAGGGUUCUACAUAGAAACUUUCUGGGUUCCCCAGAGAGAUAACAAUGGUUAUAGAUUUUUUUUUCUAAGAGUGUAGUUUAUAGAAUUUUUUUCAUUUACUCGUCAUCAUCAUCAUCAUCACACACACACACACACACACACACACACACACAAUAAAUAAAUCAAACACAGAGAACAAUACAAAAAAUGAUGUCAAAAUGGUUUAUUUAUUAUUAAUAUUAUAAUGAAUAUUAUAAUGUUUGCUGCUUUUUUUAUUACCAUAGUCAUUAAUAUCCGGGCGGCACGGUGGUGUAGUGGUUAGCGCUGUCGCCUCACAGCAAGAAGGUCCUGGGUUCGAGCCCCGGGGCAGGUUAGGUUAACUGGUGACUCUAAAUUGACCGUAGGUGUGAAUGUGAGUGUGAAUGGUUGUCUGUGUCUAUGUGUCAGCCCUGUGAUGACC